UGUGCUACUCUCUUACCUUCCACACCACACCUCACUGGCAGCUGACAGCUCGCCUCUCGGCACCUUGUCCCUCGUUCAUUGACAAGCGGCUCAGAGCAGCCUCGGUGUGGCCCGUCAUGCCGGCAGCAAGCUCUUCGUCCUCCGGCGCUGGAGGGACAAAGAUGUCGUCUACGGAGAAGAAGAUUCACCACAUCGCGCUCCAUGCUCGCAACAGCACGAUUCUCGUCAACGACAUCGGUGACCAGCUUGGGCUCGAUGCUAGCGAGGUGAUGCUGGCAGCAAACUCCCUGCUCAAAAAGAACCUCGUUAGCAUGCAACACACCGAUCGAGGCAUGCAGCUCCUGGCAGUCUCACGAAGUGAAGCUAGCAUGAUGGGGUCAUUGGCCCCGGAAGAGGGCAUGAUCUACAAACAGAUCAAGGACUCUGGCAACGAGGGUAUAUGGACCAAGGCCCUCAAGGCUCGAACCAACCUUCACCAGACGAUCCUCACGCGAGUCCUCAAGGCACUGGAGAAUAGACAGCUGAUCAAGGCAGUCAAAUCGGUCAAGAAUCCUACUCGGAAGAUCUACAUGCUCUACAACUUGACGCCUUCCGUAGAGCUCUCCGGAGGACCGUGGUAUACCGACAAUGAACUAGAUGUCCCCUUCAUCAACGGUCUUUCCCAAUUUUGCCAUUACUACAUUCAGCAGCAGACGUGGCCCGAUGGUUACCAAUCUUCGCGUCAAAAGCUGUACCCAGCGUCUCACACCAACAGGCUCCCUACUGCGCCUCGCAUCCUGAAAGAGCUGAAAGACAAGCAAGUCACCAGUACUUCAUUGAGUGUGGGUGAGAUGCAGCAGUUGCUGGAGACGCUAGUCUACGACGAGAAGAUCGAAAAAGUGCCAAUGCCAGGAGGGACCGUAGACCCAUCUGCGCACGAAGCGACCGUAAAAAGCGACGAUGAAGAUUCUGACUGGGGCGGCGGCAAGAAAUCAAGAGACAAUGGCGCUUCAUCACGAAGCAGCAGCAAAUCUCGCAAAAAGGGAGACAGACGAGCGGGGGGCAGUCGUUCGCCUACUUCAGGAACGGACUCAGGAUCCGAAUCAUCGAGUGGAUCUAGCGGUAGCGAUGAUGGACGAAAAAGCAAGAAGCGCAAGAGGAGCGAAUCACGCAAAACUUCAAGCAAAUCGGCGAAGAGGUCGAAGAAGUCCUCGUCCUCUCGAACGUCUAGGAGCUCCAGAGAUCGAUCUACCUCAGCAGCCUCGUCCGGUUCGGAGGAGGAGAGCGACGAUGACUCUAUCCUUAGCGAUGAUCGUCGCUCAAGCAAGGGUCGAUCCUCCAAGACCAAAUCUGACAGCACCAAGGGCAGCAAGUCCCGACCUACGGCCAAAUAUACCGGGCCCGAAUUUCUUUCCGACGAAGAUGACGACCAAGAUGUGGACGAUGAAGACGUCAGUGGAGGAGACAACUCGUCCUGGGGCGCUCAGAAUUGGGUUUACCGAGCAUUGCGACCGGUGGAAGUGCCUCUAGGCUUCACCGAGACCCCCUGUGCUCGAUGUCCGGUGUCCGACUUCUGUCGGCCCAGGGGCCCUGUGAACGCAGAGGACUGCGUCUACUACGACGAUUGGAUGGACGGCGCUUGGAGCGACAGUGAAGAAGAGGAGGAGGACGACAAGGGUAGGAUCCGUGCGCGAGAGAAGAAGCAGCAGCAGCAUGCAAAUGGCACGGCCUGAAGAGACUGUGUCCACUCAGCCUGGCGGCCCUCUCUGGGCUCGCAGAAAAGAGCGAAAAGGCGUCCUCCAUCCACAGCGACAUGUGUCGAGCUCAAAGGGGAUGAGGUUCCUCGAAUUCACCACCCAAUGUAAUACCAGACAUUUCAUCAUCAUCU